GGACCGAAGGCCGGUGGGGAGCCUGGCAGAGCUUGGUGGCCGAGAGUCCGCCCCCCUACACCCCGAAGGCCACCUGCAGGUGCAGUAAUGAUGCUUCCAGUAAGUUCCCCUUGGACCUGGAUGCUGGCAUUCCUGAUGUCAGUUCUGACCAUGGGAAACCCAGGCCUGACAGGCCAGAAGAAUGGGGCCAGCCUGGGGAACCAGGCCUGCCAAGAGUAUGGGAACAGCCAGCAAACUGGGAGUGGCCAUCAGGCAGAGAACCGCCAGCAUGGUAAUGUCGAUGGAGAUACUGAGAAUCGCAUCUUAAAUGGCAAAGACUGUGAGCCCCGAACCCAACCCUGGCAGGCAGCUUUGUUUCUGAAACCAGAGAGCCUCUUUUGUGGGGCAGUGCUGGUCCAUCCCCAGUGGGUACUCACUGCUGCACAUUGCCAGAAACCUUCCUAUACUGUUGUGCUGGGCCGUUAUCGUCUCCAUGGUUUUCAGGCAGACCAGAAGAUUCUCCGUGGUAUCCAGUCUUUCCCCCACCCCAACUAUACUCGACCAGCUCACUCUAACGAUCUCAUGCUAAUUAAAUUGAACCAAAAGAUUGUAGGCAAGAAAGGCAUCAAACCCAUCAACAUCACAACUCAGGCCCCAACUGCCGGGGCCCAGUGCCUCGUCUCAGGCUGGGGGACCACCAGCAGCCCUCAGGUCCACUUUCCCCAGGUCUUACAGUGUCUUGACAUCACGAUCCUGUCUCAUGAGGCCUGCCGGAAGGCCUACCCCGGGGAGAUUAAUUCUAGCAUGUUCUGUGCUGGAGAUGAAGAUGGCAAGGACUCUUGUCAGGGUGACUCGGGGAGCCCCGUGGUCUGCAAUGGAGUGCUUCAGGGCCUGGUAUCCUGGGGUGAUAUUCCCUGUGGAAAGCCCAACAGGCCUGGGGUCUACACCAACCUCUACCCAUUCAACAAAUGGAUCAAAGACACCAUCAAAAACAACUGAUUUAAGGGGACACUGGCACAAAGAUCCCUAUCUAUGUUCUGUUCAGAGACCUGGGAGCCCAGGCCCCUCGAUCUUCCAACCCUUAUUCCCUAUUCUCUCAGGGAUAUGGGCAUCCCCAUCUCUAUAUAGCUCAGGGAUACCCAUUAUCUAGACCCUCAACUCUUGUCUCCUCAGGACCCAGGGAUCUGGCCUCUACAGGGACCCAGGCAUUUGUAUAUCCUUCCCCAACUUUUAGUCCAUUCAGAGACUGAGACUAAGGAAUUUCUUGACCUUUGCCUUUAUCUCUGAGAGAACAGGAAGGUCUCCUGUGGGACACCACCCGGAAGGGGGGAGCCAGUACAGGGACAGGAGGAUCUGUGUCUCCAUUGUGGCCUAAGGAACAUUCUCCUUCUUGUCUGGUUUCCUAGCUUACCCUCCACUUUUCUACCUCCCCUCCCAGCCUCUCCCAGCCUCUCCCCAUGAGCUCUUUUUCUUGUUGGAGUCUUCUUAGCUUUUCCCCAUCUCCUCUCCAUCCCCUGAGACUCCAGUCCCUUUCCUGAAUUCCACUUUCCCUGUUUGUCUGCCAGGCCUUCUCAGCCCUUUCUCCCCACUCCACUACCUUAGCACCUACAGCACUUCCCCCAAAUCCCUCUUUCUCUCUGAGCCUCCUCCCUCUGUGGGUCCCCCAGCCCAUCAUUCCUUUGUCCAUCCCCGAUCUCUCCAACCUGGGCUUGGGUCUCUGCUGAUCUCUCUGCUAGCUGUGUGGAAUAACAGGUAGAGCUCUGGACUUGGAAUCAAGGAGUCCUGGGUUCAAACUCCAAGUCUCUUUGGACCUCAGUUUCCCCUUCUGUAAAAUAAGGCUAAUAACAGGACCUGCAUCACAGUAUUGCUAUCAAGCUCAAAUGAGAUAAUGUACAUAAAACACUUUGCAAACUUUAAAGUUACAUAAGUCU